CUUUGUAGUUAGCAUAACAACGUAUAUAUAUAAGUACAUAUACAACACAACUCUCUUCCUUCUCUUGCCCUUACAACUUUCAUUCAGUUCUGCUUCAUCAUAUAGCAGUUAUAACACCAAUGGAUAACACUCCACCUCCAUGCAUGCUUCAAAUGGUUUCACGCCUGGUUCUAAUUCUAUGUAUGUCAGCAUUGGCCUCAGCAUCUCUGAAAGUGGGUUUCUAUAGCUCCACAUGUCCAUCUGCUGAGACAAUAGUGAGAAACACAGUGAACAAAGCAGUUUCUGAUAACCCAGGCGUAGCUGCUGGUCUCAUUAGAAUGCAUUUCCAUGAUUGCUUUGUCAGGGGUUGUGAUGGUUCAGUGCUACUAGCAUCCACGCCAGGAAACCCAAUAGCUGAGAGAGACCACUUCGUCAACAACCCAAGCCUACGCGGCUUCGAGGUGAUUGAGGAUGCCAAGACCCAAAUAGAAGCUGCAUGUCCUCAAACGGUGUCGUGUGCAGACAUAUUGGCCUUCGCAGCACGAGACAGUGUGGUGAAAGUUGGUGGCACAAACUACGAAGUCCCAUCAGGACGCAGAGACGGUCGUGUCUCAAUCGGUGACGAAGUGAUACAGCAUCUUCCUGGACCACGCUCCAGUGCCGAUGAACUCGUUAGUAAUUUCUCCAAAAAGGGUUUGUCAGCAGAUGAAAUGGUGACGCUUUCAGGAGCGCAUUCAAUUGGUGUGUCGCGUUGCUCUUCCUUCUCAAACCGCUUGUACUCCUUCAACCACACGUUCCAACAAGACCCUUCCAUGGAUGCUUCAUAUGCUGCAACGUUGAAAGCCACGUGUCCUGCACCACCCCCCACGUCGGACCCAAUAGUGGCUCUUGACCCUUCCACGCCGAUUCGGCUGGACAACAAAUACUAUGAGGGGUUGAUGAACCACCGUGGCUUGUUGACAUCGGAUCAAACGUUGUACACCAGCCACUCCACCAAGGUAAUGGUUCAAAACAAUGCGUACAAUGGUGCAACUUGGGCUCAGAAGUUUGCCCUAGCAAUGGUGCGCAUGGGUUCCAUUGAAGUGCUCACUGGCUCCGAUGGUGAGAUCAGGACACAUUGCAGCUUUGUUAAUUAAUUAGCAGCUGCUUGCGACAGAAAAAUUCAACAUUGAUUUUUGUUACUAUACCUAAUGUGUUCACUUCUCUUUUUUCCUUUCAUUGUUUAAGGGGAAAAUUAAAAUUACCUGGAAAUUGUUCUUCUGUUUUUGUCUAUGACACUUUCUACAUCCAUACCUGCACGUGCAUGAGGAUGCCCAUUUCAAGUGUAUAUCCCUCCAUAGCUGUUGCAUAUGUGCCUCGCCUUUUCUUUUUAUAUUUGUUUCCUUAAUAAUAAUUUUCCCCUUCCAUUUGAAUUGUAUAUUUGGAUGAUUCUUGGCUAUAUCUAAUAAAGCUAGUGUUUGUUGGCUGAAUAUGGUGUAUCAAUUCCUUGGAUUGUAUUCUUUGGUUUUUUUUUUAAACAUGGUCACUCACAGUCCGAAAACUCACAACACCGCUCUAGAACGUACGCAUUAUAUUGUGUAAGUAAUAAACCUCAUUUUUGCUUUAAGAAAAAAUAUUGAAUUAUAUAUGUUUCAUCCAUUACAGGUUAACUGCUAGUUUCUUUAAUUUGAAUGUUGAUUACUAUAUAUAACAUUCCAUUUGCAUUUUACUUGCAAUUAAUACUUCAAAUCAAAAUACUGUAUGUACGUGUUGAUAUUAGAGCUGUCAAAAUGGGCUCAACCCGGUGAGCCAACCCGGUCCACCACGGGUUCGAGCCGGGUUGGGCUAAAAAAAAAUUGAAAAUUUUAGUGCGGACCAAUUUUGAACCCGGCUCACUAACAACCCGGCUCACCCGGGUUGAACCCGUGGUGAGCCGGGCUGACUCACCAACCCGUAAUUAAAAAAAAAAGAAGCAAUUAUUGGGCCAAAAUGUAGGUAAUUAAAAAAAAAAAAGAGAAGCAACUAUUGGGCCAAAUGUAGGUGCAGCCCAACAAGAAAUAGGGUUUCAAUUUCAAAACCCUAAACCUUAACUUUCAACUUCAGAACAAUAUCAACGCCGCACCAGUCACUGCCGCAACGCAGCCAGCUCCAGCCACCCUCUCACACCACACCGCACCACAGUUGCCACCGAACCACAACUACGACGCGUCGCACCACAACUAUCAAGCACCAUCGCGUGCGUUGUGAGCCACUGCGUGCAUCGUGAGCCACCGCGCACACCGCGAGCCAUCGCGCGCACCAUCGCGCCCACCGCAAGCCACCGCGCACGUCACCACCCCGGGCCACCUCGCACCGUGCACAUCGUUUGGGGGCCACCCACCAUCGCUGUCCUGGCACGACUGCUUGUGCCACGCAUCACCCUGGGACACUCACAGUCUUGCACUACCGCGCAGCGCACCACCCCGGCAUAUUACAUUUUUUUUUAAAUUUGGUGAGCCAACCCGUUUAACCCACCAACCCGUGGUGGGCCGGGCCGGGUCCAAAAUUUUUUAGCUCACUAAUAAAUGAGCCGGGUUGGGUUAGCUCACCAAAUGAUCAACCCGUGGUGGGCCGGGCCGGGCCGGGCCGGGUUACCCAUUUUGACAGCUCUAAUUGAUAUUAGACAGAUCAUUUCAAUAUUGUAAAUAUUUGAUCUGUAGUGGUUAUUAUACACUGGUGGGAAAAAAAAAAGCU